ACACACACACAGACAGACACACACUAUCCAAAACGGUAUACUUAUUGCUGAGGGGAAUGCCCACAGGGGAUCUCUGCACUGUCUGUCCGUCCCCUUUCCUCCCCGUAACUGUAACCCAUCUAUCCUUGUCCUGAGCCUUAGGAGUGACCAACUCCCGGUAACUCCUCUCAAUUACCCCCUCUGCCUCCCGAAUGAUCCGUAGUUCAUCCAGCUCCAGCUCCAUUUCCCUAACACGGUUUUCAAGGAGCUGGAGUUGGGUGCACUUCCUGCAGAUGUACCCAGCGGAGAUGUGUGCCAUGUCUCCCACCUGCCACAUUCUGCAGGAGGAGCAAGCAACUGCCCUAGCAGCCAUACCCCACUUACCUGAACACCCACUCAGUACUAAAGUAGAAAUCUUAGUUCAAGUUGCUAUAAACUUAAUAACAAACAUAUUCAAUAGAGAAAGUUUAGAAUGAACCUUACCUUAUUAACUAGGUUAGAGGAGGAGGACGGGUGGGAGACACUACAGUUGUAGAGUCUCUGGUUUAGCCACCUUGCUGAUAUACAUGGUUACUGCUUUCCUUCCCGGCUGCCCCUCUGGUCCUUGUCACUUCCUCCGCUGCUCCCGCUCCUUCUGUGAAAGAGAAAAACACCACUGCCCGCUACCGCCUGAGCCUGCCUCAAAGUUUGCAAACCCUUACAUUGAUUGCAAUGGUACUGAUGUGGAAAAGGGACCUGAAUUUCUCCACAAGAAAUUGGGCUGUUCAGCUUCCUCCUUCAGUCAUCAUUAAUCACGGGUAGUUUAGUAAGGACAUAACAUGGAACAGCAGCUUUUCUCAACUUCUCUGUUAAGUGGCAUCAGCAGUUCUACACCUUCUGUGGAUCCAGCUAUUUUAUACAGCCAUUGGUCCGUGUUUGCUGAUGAUAGUGUACCUCCAGUUACUUUUCAUGAUGGACCUAAACAGAGGGCCCAGUUUAGUUUGUCAGAUUCCGGAAAUACACCUGAUUUAUUUGGCCUGGUCUCCAGCAUACUGGAUGAACCUGACAAUCCAGAAUCAUUAUCUGACUGGGGUUCAUCCUCUAGGUUAUUUCAGUCAAUUUGGUCGAAUGCAAAUGGGGAUUCUAUUGAACCAACUUUGAAAAAUAACAUGGAUCACAGUAGAAUUGCAAAUCGUUUCGGCAUUUCUCAGUACUAUGAAGAAAACUCUCAGGCUUUAUCUGAAACAGGAAGAUUUGAUGAACUUUUUCAGGAUUUUCAAGGUUGUAAUCUUUCAGAAUCAUGGAAGUCCAUGAUUAGCAAGGAUACCAAUCAGUGUGAUUCUCAACCCAGAGAUUUCUCAUCCUCAACAAGAAACAAUGUUAUGCCUCGUAAAGAAGGCUUCACCUUCCAGGCCAAGGAAUUUGACUGUUGUUUACGAGAUUAUGAGGAAGCAGAAAGGGACGUUUCUGAUUUUACUACACAUAACUUUCAUAAUAAUUGUGGCAAUAGUAACACAAACACACGCAUGGAAUACUAUAAAACUGACUGUAUUAGAGAGAAUAAAUUUGUAGCAUUUGGAAUUAAAGAUCACAGUCAGAAUUCUGAAAGUAGUUAUGGCCCUCAUGUUGGUGAACUAUGGGGCAAGGUUUUGCAGGAAAAACAACCAAUUCAAAAAGGAUAUGAAGACUUCAAUGCCAGAUCUCUUAAAAAUAACUGUUCUGUUUCGCAAAUGAACUUCUGUGGGCAGCACAUUUCCAAGGAGAAUGGCUUUGUGGCUGAUAUAAACCGAAAAUCUGCAUUAGACUUUCCAAAACAGGAAAACCAUACUCGUGUUUUACGAGGCAACUUUGAGAAUCAGUGUGAAAAGCUUCAACAGAAUUGUUUAGAUGGUUUCCCUAUGUCAUCAGAGUAUGUUAAUUUGACAAACAUUAUGCCACAGAGUGAUGAGUAUAGUCCUCAUUCUUCCCAAAGUAGCCUAUUGUGGUCUGAUAGCAAUAUGUUGAGCUCCUCUGGUGAGCCUAGUCCGGUUUUUAGAAAAGAUGGGAAUGUCAUUUCAACCAGCUCUCAAACGUCAACUAUUUCUGCUGUAAGUAGUGGUUCUUCAACACAAUUGCCGAUUACUGGUGCCCUUCAACCUACAUAUUAUACUUCAGCAACUCCAUUGGAAUCCUUAAGGCAAAAUGAAUGCCAAAAAUUUCCUAACAAUACCAUUAGCAGUUGGAGUUCUUCCAAUGCUGGUGUCCAGAUGCAAGAACAAAAGAAGACUACCACAUCAGUACAGAAUGAAUCUUCUACCACCAGAAAUAAUCAAUUUCGAAAACGGUGUACUGGCUUUGGUAACAACUGGUUACAACAUUGCAAUGAUGAGUCGGGGAAAUAUUUCAGAUUUGCCAAUAAACAUGGACAUAAUGGUGCUAGCAACAGAGAUGAUAAGAGAGGGCGGAAAAAUGGAUAUCCACAUUCUUUGCAGUCGGGUCCUUUUGGUCAAAAUCACCAACAAUGUAAUGGUUAUAGAAAACAAGAUCAGGAUGGUAGCAGUUUGUCUGAUUUCAUUAAUCAUUCCUUUGUACCUCCAUUCCCAUUCAUGUUGCCUGAUUUUAAGCAGAAUCAAAACUUCUCUCAAUUUGGCCCACAUGGGUUUUCCUCACCUAGUUUUCCUUUCUCUCCUUCAACAUUUCCAUUCCCUGAAUUAAUUGACUUUUUUCAUCAUGAUGACUUUAAUCAGCUGCACCCUUUUAUGAAUGACCUUUUUGGUGGAGAUGUGAUCGCACCCUACUUUGGUUUUCCACCACCUUUUUCCAAGUACAGACCUAUGAAAAAUCGUAGUGGUCCAGCAAAUGAACUUCACAUUCGACUGGAAGAGUGUUAUGAGCAGUGGCGGGCUUUGGAAAAGGAGAGGAAAAAGACUGAAGCAGAGCUUGCAAGAAAUUUUCCUGGAAAGCGAGUGUCCAGUUCAAACAAUACUCCUAUUCCUCGCCUGCCUUCCAACCCUUCAAGAGUAGAUCGUUUAAUUGUUGAUCAGUUGCGUGAACAAGCUAGGGUUUUGACUUUGCUUGGAAAAAUGGAACGUCUUCAAAGUUCUGCUAUUCAUGCUAAUAUAACUUCAACUCUCAAUUGUCAUUUGGAAGCCAUUCAUGUCACACAAGCACGUCGUAAAGAUGAAAUAAUUAAUGCUGCAAAUCGUCAGAGACAGGGAGCACCUCGCUACAAUGAUGACAAGGAUGUGUUGGCUCUGGCAGCUGCCAUAAAGGAUUUGACCACUUCAACACGUAAGGCCCGUACUGCCCUCUGGUGUGCAUUGCAGAUGACCUUGCCAAAAUGUUCCCUGGCGACUGUAGUCAGGCAAGUUGAAAUUGAAAAAGCACUAAAACAGCUUGGUCAAGGGAAUGCUACUAUCAAGAACGAUGACAAGAGACUCACUGAAGAAAAAAUGGUGGAAAAGCCUGAAUCUGACCUUGCUGGAUAUGCACCAAUAAAAAUGGAAAUUGUUUGUAAGAAAGAAGUGUGUUGAAAAAGUAACAGCUCAAAAUGCAAUUGCGUUCUGUGAGUUCUCCUUUGGAAUAUGUCAAACUGUGGAUGAAGUGUUUAAAGCAGUAUUGCGGUAUUUGUUUGCAUUGUGUGAACUUUUAGGAUUAAUGAUGAUCCAAGUGUUUUCUUUUAUAAAAAGCUUGCCGAAAUUUGAAAUUAACCUGGUAAUCUUAAUGGUAAGGGCAAGUUGAUUAUCUGAGAAGAGAGAGAGGAGCAAUGAUGUGGAACAAUGUUGCUUGGUUAUCAGUUUCUGAGAACAAUGAAAUUUGAUCUCAGUGCAGUGUGAAAAUAUUAUUUCUAAUCACAGUUUCUGAAAGAUCCUGAUGCUACGUUUGUGCUGUAAGAAGUAAUUUCAGCUGCAUCAGGAUAUUGACAAACUUAUUUCUAUUUGAAACUGGCUUUGGUAUAGGUUAAUAUCAUCUGAUUGUAACCAGGUUGUUCACGAGAUUGCACCACAUCUUGUGUAGAAGUGGGGAGAAACCAAAUAAUUGCUGAUCUUUUUUUAAACUACUGAAACAAGAAUUUGAAUUUAGUGAAUGAAGUAAGAAAUAAUGAACCACUGUGGCAAUACUAAGGGAGUACAGUACUGUUUGCAGUUUUAUGUAGCACCCAUUUCGACCUGAUUUUGACAUUGGGGACGUGUCAAGAAUUUGUCAUUUGCUUCUUUUUAGUUUCUAAACUGCAAUAUAAUUUCUACUGAGUUGAAUUUAUUCAAAAACCCGAUCAGUGAAGCAAGUUCUUUUAUGCUUUAUGGUUAUGUAGAAUAUUUCUUAAUUACACUUUAGAUUAUGAAAUAUUAUUGAAAACUUAAAAAAUUCCAUUCUGAUGAACAUUUAAUAAUUAUCAUUAGACUUGUUUAACUGAGGAUUAACACACAGUCAGAACAAUUGUUACACUGAACUUUGUUUAAAAAAAGUAAUGGUGCUAAAAUCCACUAGAAGUGAACAGUUUCAUUAUAGAAUAGGUUAUUUUCAUAUUCUACUGAAAUUCCAUGUCAUUGCAGAAUUUGUUAAAACCCAGUCUUUCUUUUGAACUAGCGUACCCUUGUCAGAUUCUAAAUUUAGUUUAGGCACUGGAAUUUUGGUACAGAAAGGUACUUUCCAUAGUUUUGUGAUACCAAUAAGAUUUGAAAGAGUUUUUAGAAAAACAAAAUCGAGAUCUGAUUCUUUCUAAAUUAAAAAUAACUGCAUAGACAAUUAGGAAUUUGAUUACUUCAUCUCAAAUGUUUCUUCAACUUUACUUUGUAGUCAGGUGAAUAAAUCAGAUUGUAAUGGCAACUGAUACAAUGAGAACCAAAAACAGGGCUAUUUGAAAAAAAUGUAUAUGCCUAUCCAAUGAGCUAACAAGAUUUUCAUAACUCACUGGUUAGGAAAUUAUAUUAAUUACUUAACAAUUAUAUUUGAUAUUAUUUGCUUAAAAAUGUACUAUUAUGUGCCUGUGCAUCUGAAGAACAAUUAGCUAAUUACGUCAAGCAAUUAAAAACAGUCAUUCAGUUUUCAGCUUGGUGAGUUAUUUAGUCAUAGGUUCCCUUUUUUCAGAUGAUCAAACUGAAAGAAUUGUACAUGCAACAAGAUCCAUGGCAAUUAAACAUGCACCAGUAAGUUUUUAAAUUGAUUUCACUUCAUAAAUCAGAUCCAUUCUUCAAUUUGAACUCUAGAAACGGAAGGGAGGUUAGAAAGAAUGAUAUUUUUGUAACUUGUCUGAUUGCAGUUAAUAGCCUAUGAAACUAUUUGGUGCCAUAUUACAGUUAUCUAAUUAUUAACAGUCUACUAGAAUCAAUAUAUUCUCCAGACAUGUAACAUAUUUCAUUUUGAAACUGUUAAUUUUAUUGCAUUACUGCUUCUUCUCAAGCUAAUGAUGCAUGAUAAUUCAUGGUGUAUUGUACCUUGUACAUGUGCAUUUGAGCAUCUACAUCUGAGUGCUGGUAGGUCACCACUAAGUAUAGACCUAUUAUAAUCAAACCUAAACCAGCAUUCACACACUCGGCUGCAGAAGCGGUCACUAGAUAGCAUUAGCUUUGUCCUAAGUAUUUUUAUUCUUUUUCACUUCAUUGGAGAUACUUGGAUUUUUUAAAAAUAACUUGCCACACGGCUGUAAAACUAUCCCAUUGUAGAAAACAUCCAAUUUUCAGUUUUCCUUCAAAUCAGCGUCAGUCUCGUACCAUGUUAAAUUUAGAAAUUGAUUCGCCAUCAGUCCUGACAUGUUCUGGUUUCUUUGGCUAAUGACUAUAUGAUGUGCACUUGCCAACUAAUAAAAUGUUUGAAGCACAUUCUAAUAUUUAACUGCACUGUUAAGUACUGCCUCAACUACAUUUUUCGUUUGGGAGGCAGGAGUUGUUGUCAAGUAACAGGGAGAAAAUGACUUGUUUCUAUGAGUUUCAGCUCCCAUUUUAAGAUGAUAAUUUCUGUGCUGAAUGUGUUGCAUCAUAUUUUAUUCAGGAAGAGAAGUAAACAAAAAUGACUAACUUUCCUAAUCUCUCAAAUAGGGAUGCCAAAUGAGACAAAAUAAUUUGAAAACAUCAUAAAGCAAAUUGAUUUUUUUUCAGCAAAAGUAAAGUUUCUUUCAGGUUAUAAAUUUGAUUCCUUUGUAAGGAAAAUAAUAGCAUGUUAACGACAAAUAAAAAUUCAGCAGCAUCUUGACUGACCAUUGUUCCUUUUAAAUUUUUGUUGAUUUCAGUAGGGUGCAUUGCUCAGUUCUGGAAUCUGGAGUCCAGUUUUUCUUUUCCCAUGAGGUUUUUUUUAAAAUUGAAGUUGACUAGUUGACAAGUUAGGAAAAAGAUUCCAUGACUGUUUAAAUACACAUGUUAAACCACAGUGUUUUGAAGGUGGGGGAAACAAGAAUCAUUUAUACUAUUGAGCAUCUUUUGUUUGCAUCAUCCGUUCCACGACCCAUAUCUUCAAAAUGGUGAAACAAUUGUAAAAAUUGAAAUUCUAGCAGUAAUACUGAUGACCUUUUGUCAUCAAUGAGAAGUCUUUUCCAGUAUGUUUUAUGGAUCUUAAUGAAGCAUUCCUUAAAAAUUGCUGUUGAAAAUAAAAAUUUGUGGUUAAUUAAGGAAAGUGACAUCUUUUUGAUAUAUUGUCAUUAUGUAGUGUAAAAUCUGCAGAAAUUAUCAUUAAAACAUAGCUUGUCAGAUUAAUUAUUUUAAAAAUUUAAAUCAAAAGGCAUAGAAUUGAACACUUUUAACAAAAAUUAACGAUGAUGAACAUGGGAAGAAAGACUUUCUGCUUGCCCUCAGCGAAAUUCUGUGUUCUUUGUAAAUUGGCUGUUACAGUAGCAUACAAAUUAAACCUUUGUUACCUCUUUCACUAAUCUGUGUUUUUAAAAAAAUUCCAGUUGUACUGAUAUUUAACCUAUUUGAUAAUUAUCUUGUUUGCAUGUUUUGACUUAAUUUUUUUGAAAAUGGAAGUUAAAGCAACCCACCCGAAAAAUAUAUGUUUGUCUCAUGAUGCAAAUCAGCCCAAUACUAAAUAAUGAAAUGUUGAUCAAAAGUGGUAACUGGACUGCUUUUUUGAAAUUCAUUCUUCCAAUCUAAAAAGCUAUGUUUUUCUACUGAAUUAUUUAUAAUCUACUCACUCUCAAAAACAAAAAUGCUUUUUGAUACGUGAUUGGCUGAGGCUGUUGAAUUAGGAAACAGAUGACAGCUUUGAGUUAUCUAUUUUGAGAAUCUAGGACCAGAACUGGACGCAAAUCUAGGAACAAAAGUUUUACUUGCUCACUUGAAAAACAUUCACCAGAAUCCUGUUGAGAUAAUUAUAAAUAUAAUUGUAAACUGCUCUACUGAGGAGGAAUAAUCCAACUUGUUUAGCAUGGUAUUUAACAUAGUGCAAUCUUUGUAACGUAGUCAUCAUCACAGCAUUACAGAACUAAAAGACUGAAUAAAUGAGUAUGAGUGCUACAUAACUUGAGUAAUUUCAUUUUAGUCUAUAAUUUGCAUAAACUGUUAAGGAAAGAAAAAGAACUGUUACUCAGGAUUAGUUCUUAGAUUCACUAACUCUCUAUGGUGGGGAAAUAAUAAAUGUUCUACUUUGAUUUAGCAAGCACUUAAUGAAAACAAAAUUGAUUUUUUUUGUAAUAUCAGUUUAAGGGAUUAUAAUUUUUAAAGCAUACCAUAUUUAUUUUAAUAUUGAUUCAAUUUUAAUUUAAAUUCAUAUUUAGUAUCUAAUGUACUGUAUUAAUGGGAUUAUUCUUGCCAAACCUUGCUAAUCAGAUUAACUGUUUACUCAGGAAAUAUAUAUUUAAUAUUUAGUUUUUUGGGUUGUAUGUGCAAAGUAUUUUUCACAAAUUUAACUGUGUACAGUACUAGGUUACCAAAGCUAUUUUUGUUUAACUGAUUUAUUUCUAGAAUUCUGGAACCAUUUAGCGACUAGAGACAUUCUAUUAAAUAGAUCUAGUCAUAAGGUAGUUUUCAUACUUGGGCUUAGACAAUCAGAAGUCUUGCAUCUUAAAGCAUUGUGAAUGUAGAGAAGGAUUGAGAUAUUUAUAGGACUAUUAACAUAGGUCAAAAUUGUUUUUUCAUUCAUAUUACACUACUUAACUCUUGUCAAUUUAAUGCUUUUAAUAAAAAUAACCAUGUGAUCUUAUUUUUUUGAAAAAUGGUAUUAUAAACCAGGUAGUAUUCAUAGUUUAUAUUUGGAGAGAUUGGCUCAGGGAGAAAUCUCUUUGGGACUAUUCUAACUAUGAGAUUUGAUUUAAAGGCAAAGUAGUAGCUCCCACCGAAAUUACAUUAGUUUUGCAUAUGCAUAAAAUUAUUAAAAGGCAGCAUUGAGACUCUUUGGGCUUAAUUAUCUUAAGAUCUAUGGUUAAAACCAACCAACAAUCAUUUUUUAAUCAUUAUGAUUCAUCACAGAAUGUAGGCAUUGCUGGCUGGGCCAGUUUUAUUGCCCAUCCCUAAUUGCACAGUUCAUAGAGGACACUUAAGAACCAACCACAUUGCUGCAGGUCUGGAAUCUCCUCUUCAAAUUGAAACAGUUGCAGAAACGGUAGUCUGAAUAACUUCCCAAAUUUGAUCCCAUGUUUCAUUUUAUAUAGUUUUAAAAAGAUUCUUUUAAAUGGAAUAUACAGAACAUAUUUUAUUCUUAAUCUGCUAAAUUAAUUUCAUAGGCAGUCAGUAAAUGCAAAUUGUUGAGCAUUGUCACAAAUAUUACUUCCUUUAAAUGUUCAAUUAAACGACCAAAUUCAUUUUGUUUAAAAGUCAUGUCAUGCAUGUUGUUAUGAAAAUGUAAAACAUUUACUAGACACCAUAAGCAUUACCCCUACCAGCAACUCCACCCACAAUCUUGGGCUUUCAAGCACAGAAGUAAAAACUUUAUAUCUUUGGUGAAUGCUUGUGGUCACAACACUAUGCCUUGAAGAUGAUUGUUUAGUUAUAAUUUACCAAUCAAUUAAAACAUAACCAGUACUACAGAGCACUAUUUUGCAUUCCCUGAAUUACCCUAAUUUAUUUUUAUUAAGGCAUAUAUUUUACUGGAGGCUGUUAAUAGUUUGGGAUUGUUCAAAGGGAAAAAGUUUCCUUUUAGAAAAGUGAAUUUUAAAAUUUGAAAAUUGAAUUUUUGAAACAUUCCAGGUACAUUCAUCUGUGGAAAAGAAUGAAUACACUUAAUCUUUAUGGUCCACACACAAUUUAGCAACCAAUGUUUCUGAAUUUUUAAAGGAAAUGGUUUUCAGUCAAAAUCCAAGGUAUCAAUGCUGCCUUUUAAAAUCCAGAUUGCAACAUGCCUUUGUAUAAUAGGUUUACAGUUCUCAUUUUUGGUAUAAAUUUUAUGGAAAUAGUUUGCUACAGAUUUUAAUAAAGCAUUAAAACCGUACACAUUAAAUGUACGGCAAUGUGACCUACAUAAAGAAGGGAAUAAAAAGAUGAUUUGCUUGUGCAUUUUUGAAAAUCUUAGAUUUUGUUUACACAAAUUUAUUUUUGUAGCCAUACUGGAUUGUGCUCUGGUAAUGAAUGUAUUGGGCAUUGUAGAUUCCUUUUUGGGUUACAUAUGUUAAUUUGUAUUCGUGGUGUGUGUAAUCUUUCUAAAUCAUUUUGUGCAUUUUAAAAAUGGUAAUGUGCCUUUUACUGAUUUUUAUUUUAAAUGGUUAAAAAGCUGUAUUUAUGUUUGGAUUCAGCCGCUAUGUUAUUACUGAUGUUUAAAAUAUUGUUAGUUUCUGCUAGCUUUUCACAAAUGAGUUAUAUAAUGCGUGACAAUGUAUAGCUAACAGUGCUGCAUGCUAAUUUUCUUAAAUGUAUUUGUAUUAGUCUGGUUCAGUAAAAGGCAUGAGGCACUUGCGUAAUAGUACUAUUGUGAAAUCAGUCAACCUUCACGGUAUUUACUGGCAUGGAAUGUAAUUUAUGCAAUAAUCUAAACUGUAUCCUCAUGAAAUGAAGAGUAUGUUAUCCAUAAUGUCAGUAUCUUCCUUGUUGGAUCAAUGUGAAAUUUGCUAACAACUUAAUAGUUUUUAGGUGCUGGAAUGUUAUGGAGCGCCUACUUUCCCCUUUCUUACUGAAUAUGUUCAUUUAACAAGAAGGGGUUUGCCCUCAAUACCUCUGCCCUUAGUUGAAAAUUUAAACAUUGCGGUACUUCAAUAUUUCCAAGUUUUUAAAUGUUUAAUCAUGUGUUUUGCCUUGAUCACCAUUGUUAGAUUUAAUACAAUAUACAGGAAAUUUGGUUUGCCGAAAGAAAGAUGUUGACAUGAUUGCCCCACAAGAACACCUAAUUAUAUUCAGGGGAGAUUUAAUUAAUGUAAUCUGUUAGCUUUGCAUCAACAAAGGUGGG